AGUUAUCCGAGUUGUUUAUUCGUGAAGAAUGCGCGACCAAAUGGGACUUUAGUUAAAGUAGGAGCGAAUAAAGUUAUAUGCGAACUUCUCCGCGGCUACCUGAGGUAGCAGUCACUCCUCCAGGUGAACGGAAACACCGUGGCACUCUUGUCGCUUCCUUGUAAUGAGAACUAUUUUUCUUAACAUUCAUAGAGAAAGAGGGCUUAAUUCUCGCCGUGGAGCUGCUGCCGAUACAGACGGCAAGAUGUCAGGAGCUCAUGAGCAGAACAGGAAGCGCCGUCGCUUCAGGUCGUUCCUGAUCACGACCGACCGUCAGGUCCAGGAUGAUCUGGAAGGUCCCAUUCUGCUGAGCAGGGGGUUCAUCUGCCACGAACAGGACCAGGACCGGAACAGAAGGGACGCCCUCUGGGUUAAGGUUUUGGACAAUGGACUCAUGGUAAAAAUAGAGAAGAAGUAUUUGCAGGAAGUCCCAGCUGACCUUGUUGGACUGGUGGAGCCUGUGCAAAACUUGGAAGUUCGACUGAACCUACUAAACAAUCCAGACAACCUGCGACAGUUGGCUACUCUCCCUGCCAAUGCUCCGCUGUGGGUCCAAAUAGGCCAGCAGGAUGAGCUGGCGGAGGCAGAAAUCAAGUACAUCGGGGCGCUCAGUGGACGGAGCAACGGUAUAUACUUCGGAGUGGAGCUAAAGGGUCCAGCAGCAGGUAGAGGAACCUGCAAUGGUUCUUUCAGGGGCGUCCGCUACUUCUCUUGCCCCGAUGGCUGCGGCCUGUUCGUUCCCGUGAGCCUCAUACGGGUCCGCCACUGGUCUAGCAAGAACAGCACGGAUGCACAGGAGCAAACCAGGGACCAUCCCCGCCGCAGCAACCAUGCUGUCAACGGCCAACGCAGCGAUGAUGACCGUUCAAAUCAUCACCAGCUGCGACAUAUAAGCUUCCAUCGUCAUCAACCAAAGAUCCAGGCUGUUGUUUCACGGACAGCAGAGUCGGUGCCCGUCGUUUCUCACAACAAUCUGCGUGGCGCCGCGUCUCCUUCACCAUUCCUCCCUGGUCAGAGAGUGUGUGUCAGCGUGGAAGGUGCUGUCCAUGCAGGGGAGGUGCGAUUCUGUGGACUGCUACCUGGCCGAGCUUCAACUACGAUGUACGUUGGAAUCCUUCUGGACACUCCGGCUGGUACCUGGGAUGGACAUUACAAGGAACAAAAGCUCUGCCACAUUCCCUCUCCCCUCUACGGACUCCUGCUUCCAGCCAGCACUGUCUCUGCAGAACAAAAAUCCCACCACCCAAAUCCUCUUCCCCAAGUUCCUAAAUCCAUCUUAAAACCAACGUUGUCCCCCGUUACUAAACAAGGCGCAUCAUCACCACCUGCUCCGCCUCCCAAACAAGUACUCAAACCUCCUCCCCUUCCUCCUCCAAAACCCUCACAAAAACCAUUCCUCACACCCCCACUGCCCCCUCCCAAACCUCAAAACCUAACACCAACAGCCGCCCCAGAGCAGCUACAGCACAGCAACGGCGUCCACAGCCCUUCCUCGCCUUUAAGAUCUGUAGACGAUGAUGAUGAUGGGGAGGAGGAGGACGAGGAGGAUGCAGAGGAGUAUGGAGAGACAGGACUGCAGACAGAGCUGGAGGUUGGGUCAAUGGUUGAGGUGAACAACCCGCCACUUUUCGGGGUCAUCCGAUGGAUUGGUCACAUAAGUGGCGUCCAGGAGCUCGUGGCAGGGAUUGAGCUGGAGAACGAGCUGUCUGCUGGAACAGACGGCAGUUACCUGGGUAAACGUCACUUUCGUUGCCCCACCAACAAGGGGCUGUUCAUCAAGCUCCGCAACUGCAGACGGGACUCCAGAUUCCCCAUCCCAGAGAAGCCCGUUAAUCAAGUGGAGCGAUGUAACUCGAUAGCCUUCGCAGAAUGGGGCAGUGAGCGGGUGGACGAGCACACUCCUCCGGUGGACGGGGACGAGGCCAGGCAGCUGUACGAAGGCUCGAAGAGAGGCAUCCAGGGUCACCUCAACUCCUGCUACCUGGACGCUACGCUUUACAGUUUGUUCUCCUGCUGCAGCUCAGCAGACUGGGUGUUAUUUUGGCCAUCUGAUGCUGAAACGGACCAAAGCUCCAAACAGGCUCAGGACCUGCUUCGCUGUGAGAUAGUUAACCCACUGCGAAGGAAUGGUUACGUGUGUGCCAGUAAGACCAUGGCUUUGAGGCGCCUGCUGGAAGCUGCAAACAUAGACGCGGGCUUCACCAACCAGGAGAAAGAUCCCGAAGAGUUCCUGAACAAGCUUUUCCAGCUCUUGAGAGUUGAGCCGCUCCUAAAGAUUAGAUCAAUGACUCAGCAGGCUCAGGAGUGCCAUCUCUACCAACUCUUUCCACCAACACUCCCCUCCUCCCCCUUGUCCCCCGUUGAUUCCCCCAUUAUCAUAGCCCCACCCACGUCCAUGAGGGUCGCCAGCGUUCAGACCCUGCUGGAGUCCUCCUUCCUGCAUGCCGGCCUCAAGUUUGUUGAGGCUCCCUCCUGUCUACUUCUGCUAAUGCCCCGCUUUGGGAAGGAUUUCAAAAUGUUUGAUGCCAUCUUGCCCACCCUCAGCCUGGAUAUCACAGACCUGCUGGACGACACUCUCAGACAGUGCAGUAUCUGCCAGGCUGUAGCUGAGUGGGAAUGUGUGCAGUGCUACGGAGACUUGGACAUCACUCCUGGACAUCUAAAACAAUACUGCCAAACAUGCAACACACAGGUUCACAGUCACAGAAAGCGGGUGUCCCAUAAGCCGGUGAAGAUUGCUGUUCCUCAGGGGCCAUGGUUGGGCCCUAUGCAUUACACUCGCCAGCGAAUGUCUCUCUUUGCAGUGACGUGCAUCGAAACCAGCCAUUACGUGAGCUUCGUCAAGCACGGACCGCAGGCCUCCGACUGGUUGUUCUUCGACAGCAUGGCAGACCGAGAAGGUGGUGAGAAUGGGUUCAACAUCCCCCAGGUGAGAGCGUGUCCUGAGGUGUGCCGCUACCUGGGCCUGUCAGAGGAGGAGCUGAGCAGGGUGGACGCCUCCACUUUGAGGGAGUCGGCCCGUAGACUGCUCUGCGACUCCUACAUGUGCCUGUACCACAGCCCUGAGCUCAGCCUCUACAAGUGAUGUGAAGAAAACAACAAAAACGUAUUUCCUAAAAAAAACUAAUGCACUCACAACAUGUCAUGUAACAGAUUAACUGGCCUUGUUUUCACAUCAAACUAGCAUGGAUUUGUCGCUUUUAUUAUGGAAAAUGAAAUGACUUUUGCCUUAUGAACAAAUAUGCAGAGGUUGAGCCUUAAUCACUCGGGCCUUAUAUCUGUGUUUACACUGUGCCUCAAUAAUGUGCUUUCACUGUACAGAACCACUCAUAUGUGACUCUUUUAUACUUAACUAUACAGUUUGCACUGCUUUAUUUGUAAGUCUGUAUAUAAUAUGAUUGUCUUAAACUGACAACUAAGUUGCACAUACAUGUUUAACCUUUAUUUGUCAUGUAGUGUUUGAAUAAUGUUGCUUCAGAAACUAUGGGUAAUGUUUCGAAUAAUAAAAGCUUCAGAUAUGGUC